UGAUCCAAAAAUAAUUUUGACAUUUUACUUCAAUCAAAAUAUUUUCUAUCAACAUUUUCUUUUAAAAAAUGAGUGGAAAACAGCCACCAAAACAAAGUUUUCACCCAAUUAAAAAUGAAAUAAUUGAAAGCGAACCAAUUCCUGGAACUUCAACUACAAAUUUACAAAAUUUGACAGACUUGAGAAUUCGGAAUUCUUUAAAUACAAUUUUAAUUCAGCCAAAUAAUCAAGAUGUUUUGGCUAGUUCGCAAAUGAGACCUCCAAAAUCAGAUUUGACGAAUUUUUGGUGUUUGGUUUAUUAUUAUGAAAUGAAUGAACGUGUUGGUGAAGUUUUCAAAUCUGAAUGGAAACAGGAACUGAAUGAAAAUCCACAACUUAUAAUUGAUGGAGGUGUUUGUGCUUCAGCAGAAAAUACUCGUUUUUGUUUGGGUGUUAUUGGGAAUAUAAACAGAAAUCCUUUUGUUACAAAAGUUGGCCGUUCAAUUGGAAAAGGGAUUCGGUUAAACCAAAAAGAUGAAAAUAUUUAUUUGGAGUCCCUUAGCGAUUCUGCUGUUUUUGUUCAAUGCCCUCUUUUUGCCCGUAAAAAUGGUGAUGAAUUAGCCACUGUCUACAGACUUAAAGCAAGUGAUGCUUCUACCUCUUCCUCUAAUGGAUCGAAACCUUUUUGCCUUUUUGACAUGAAAAUGUUUGACACUUUAUUAACCGAGGCUCGAUUACUUGGUUAUAAUGCUUUGUAUAUGUUACAGAUUUAUUGCCUUUGCAGAAUUAGUUUUGUUAAAGGUUGGGGACAGGAAUAUAGACGACAAACAAUUACCUCAUGUCCAAUGUGGAUUGAAGUCCAAUUCCCUCGCCCUCUCCAAAUUCUAGAUGAAGUGCUAAUGGAAAAUGCUGAUGAAAUUGGUGGGGAAGAGGUUCACAGUUUCUCUUAA